GAAAACAUGAAGUCUUUCCUGCUGUUUGUGAUAUACUUGUUAUGGCUAAGGGGACAACAAGGGGCACCAGCCAAGGAGGAAGACAUAGACACAGAAAACCUGAAAGUUUUAUCGGAAGUUGGAGAGAAAUAUGUAGAUGAAGAGGUAAAGAAAGCUCUGAUUGGCGUUAAACAGAUGAAAAUUAUGAUGGAAAGAAAUGAAGCUAAACACAUGGAGCUGAUGAAAGCCUUAAAGAAAAGCAGUGGAGAAAAAGAGGAAGCUCUGAGACUUUUGAGAGAAGUGAAAGAGAGACUGGAAGAAGAAGAAGACAUAUGUGAGGACUCUCUGGACCAUUUAUGGGAUGAAUGCGAAUCUUGUCUAGAAAGCAACUGUAUGAGAUUUUAUACAACUUGUCGACGUGGCCUGUCCUCAUUUACAAGUAAGAUUCGAGAUUUUUUCAGAAAGAUGACCCCAGUAUCAGUUUCUAUGUAUGAAACUGAGGGGAAAGAGCUCCAGUUUAAUCAGAAGACUGAAAAAGAAGAUGACCAACUAGUACAAAUGGACGAUUUGUUUAACCAACUCUUGUCUGAUGUGGGUACAAUGUUUGAAAAAAGCUUUAUUUUUUUCAAACAGAUGCAAAAACAAUUUGACCAGUCCUUUCAAAUGUAUUUUAUGUCUGAUCCAGACACAACAGACCCCUAUUUUUUACCAACUUUCACUGAGGAUUCGAUGAGAAAUACUGGCUCCCCAAACGAAUGGGGAGUCCAAAACUUCUUCCAGCUUGUAUUUGAUUUCAGCAAAACUGUUGUGGAUGGUGUCAGUGAAAUGCUUACUGAUGUAUUUGAAGGAUACACUGCAAGAGAGAUGGAUGAAGAAACUGAAGAUUCUGACAAAAAUGGAAUGUUCUCUAAGAUUGUGCUAGGUCGGGAAAGAGCUCAAUGUAAUGAACUGCGCCAGAAUUCAUCAGGUUGUCCUGAGUUUCAUGAGAGAUGCUGGAAAUGUCAGGAUUCUCUUUUGCAAGUCUGCCCUGGUGUCCCUGAGCUACAUAUAAAGUUUGACGAUGCCUUUAAGCUGGUUAACAUCUCUGCUGAGCAGUAUCGACAGAUUCUCCAAUUGGUCCAAUAUCACACCGAAGAUACAGCCUACUCGUUGAAUAAAAUGAAAGAAAGGUUUGGAUGGGUGUCCGAGCUAUCCGACAAGACCAUUGAACCAGAAAACAUUUUCAAUAUAGUAAAGGUUUCUUCUGAUGGUCUGAAUGAAACAACAGUAGAUGUGAAUAUUUUGACUUCACCUACUUUCACAAUUAAAGUUCCCCAGGAAUUAGACACACACAGUACCGAAUUCACUGAAUAUGUAGCUGAGAAAGCAUUACAGCUUUACAAGAAGAAUUUCUAG